CAGAUAACUACAGAGCGUGGAUCUUACACGCUCACUAAAAAUACAAUCGUUAAAAGUCAAGAGCAAUUUUAAUACAUAAGAUACGCCAAGAUAACAGCAUUUCUCUUGUCCUUGAUGACGUAUCGUGUAUAAGAGCGCGAUAUCUAUACUACUCGCGUUAGAACUUUCUAAACAGCUGGCAGUCAAGUAUAGACAACUGCAGUGAACGGCAGUUAUCGAAAUGGCUUCGCAGGGUCACCCGUUCGAUUCCGAUUGCAUUACUCUCACCAGAUUUGUUCUGGGUGAGCAGAAGAAAUGCCCAAACGCCACCGGAGAUCUGACCCAACUUUUGAACUCCAUCCAAACUGCCGUCAAGGUGGUGAGCUGCGCCGUAAGGAAGGCUGGAAUUACAAAAUUGUUCGGAACCGUCGGCGAAACCAAUGUCCAGGGUGAAGAGGUCAAGAAAUUGGACGUCCUCGCCAAUGAUUUAUUUAUUAACAUGCUGAAGUCGUCCUAUACGACGGCCCUCAUGGUUUCUGAGGAGAACGAUAACGUUAUCCAAGUGGAAACUGAUAAGCAAGGGAAGUACAUUGUUUGCUUCGAUCCCCUCGACGGCUCAUCCAACAUCGAUUGUCUCGUAUCGAUCGGCUCGAUCUUCUCCAUUUUCAAGAAGGAAGACGAUAGCCCGCCUAGCUUGAAGGAUGCCCUUCAACCUGGCAGCAAGGUCGUCGCAGCCGGCUACGCUCUCUACGGAAGCGCAACCAUGAUGGUCUUGUCCACCGGAAACGGAGUGAACGGAUUCAUGUUGGACCCUUCCAUCGGUGAAUUCGUCCUCACCGAAAAGGACAUGAAAAUCCCAUCCAGAGGAAAGAUUUACUCCAUCAACGAGGGAUACCAAUACAUCUGGGAUGAUGCAAUCAAGGAGUAUGUCGAGUCUAAGAAAGAUCCUGCUAGAGGAAAACCAUACGGCGCUAGAUACGUCGGAUCCAUGGUAGCCGACGUCCACAGGACCAUCAAAUACGGCGGUAUUUUCCUAUACCCAGCUACAUCCGCCUCUCCAAAAGGAAAGCUGAGGUUGCUGUACGAAUGCAUCCCUAUGGCCUAUCUUGUUACACAAGCUGGUGGCUUGGCAAUCGAUGGACAAAUUCCGAUCCUCGACGUCGUACCCGAAAACAUCCAUCAGCGUUGCCCCAUCUUCUUGGGCUCGAAAGAGGACGUCUUGGAAGUUGAAUCUAUCAUCAAGAAACACGCAAAAUGAAUGUAUACAAAUACUGUGAUAAUUUAAGAAAAAAGUAAAUGUUUAUUUUUUGAAUUCGUUCGACAA